AGGCGAAAUGGAGAAGAUAUACCUGUAGCCCAGACUAAGAACAUCAAUCACAGAAGAUUUGCUGCUUCCUUUAGAUUGCAAGAAGUGACAAAGACAGACCAGGAUUUGUAUCGCUGUGUAACUCAGUCAGAACGAGGUUCUGGUGUGUCCAAUUUUGCUCAACUUAUUGUGAGAGAACCACCAAGACCCAUUGCUCCUCCCCAGCUGCUUGGAGUUGGGCCUACAUAUUUGCUGAUUCAACUGAAUGCCAACUCCAUCAUUGGUGAUGGUCCCAUUAUCCUGAAAGAAGUGGAAUAUCGUAUGACAUCAGGAUCCUGGACAGAAACCCAUGCAGUCAAUGCUCCAACUUAUAAGUUAUGGCAUUUAGAUCCCGAUACAGAAUAUGAGAUCCGUGUCCUACUGACAAGACCUGGUGAGGGAGGAACAGGGCUCCCAGGACCUCCACUAAUCACCAGGACAAAAUGUGCAGAACCUAUGCGAACCCCAAAGACUUUAAAGAUUGCUGAAAUCCAAGCAAGACGCAUCGCUGUGGACUGGGAGUCCUUGGGUUACAACAUUACUCGCUGCCACACUUUUAACGUCACCAUCUGCUACCACUACUUUCGUGGUCACAAUGAGAGCAAGGCAGACUGCUUGGACAUGGAUCCCAAAGCCCCUCAGCAUGUUGUGAGCCAUCUGCCACCUUUUACAAACGUCAGCCUCAAGAUGAUCCUAACCAACCCAGAAGGAAGGAAGGAGAGCGAAGAGACAGUUAUUCAGACUGAUGAGGAUGUGCCAGGCCCUGUACCAGUCAAAUCUCUUCAAGGAACAUCCUUUGAAAACAAAAUCUUCUUGAACUGGAAAGAGCCUGUGGAACCAAAUGGAAUCAUCACUCAAUAUGAGGUUAGCUAUAGCAGCAUAAGAUCAUUCGAUCCUGCAGUUCCUGUGGCUGGACCUCCCCAGACAGUAUCAAAUUUAUGGAACAGUACACACCAUGUCUUUAUGCAUCUCCACCCUGGAACGACCUAUCAGUUUCUCAUAAGAGCCAGCACAGUCAAGGGCUUUGGGCCUGCCACAGCCAUCAAUGUCACCACAAAUAUCUCAGCUCCAACUUUGCCUGACUAUGAAGGAGUUGAUGCCUCUCUCAAUGAAACUGCCACCACAAUUACUGUAUUGUUGAGACCUGCACAAGCCAAAGGAGCACCUAUCAGUGCUUAUCAGAUUGUUGUGGAAGAGCUGCACCCACAUCGAACCAAGAGAGAGGCCAGGGCCAUGGAGUGCUACCAGGUUCCUGUCACCUACCAAAGUGCUAUGAGCGGGGGUGCGCCCUAUUACUUUGCUGCAGAGCUGCCCCCCGGGAAUCUCCCUGAACCUGCCCCAUUCACAGUGGGUGACAAUAGGACGUAUCAAGGCUUUUGGAACCCACCCCUGGCUCCACGCAAAGGAUACAACAUCUACUUCCAGGCAAUGAGCAGUGUGGAGAAGGAAACUAAAACCCAGUGUGUACGAAUUGCUACAAAAGCAGCAACAGAAGAACCAGAAGUAAUCCCUGAUCCUGCCAAGCAGACAGACAGAGUGGUGAAAAUAGCAGGAAUUAGUGCUGGAAUUUUGGUGUUCAUCCUCCUCCUGCUGGUUGUCAUAUUAAUUGUAAAGAAGAGCAAGCUUGCUAAAAAACGCAAAGAUGCUAUGGGAAACACGCGGCAGGAGAUGACUCAUAUGGUGAACGCGAUGGACCGGAGCUACGCUGAUCAGAGCACACUGCAUGCGGAAGACCCUCUUUCUAUAACCUUCAUGGACCAACAUAACUUCAGUCCAAGAUAUGAGAACCACAGCGCUACAGCAGAAUCCAGUCGCCUUCUAGAUGUACCUCGCUACCUUUGUGAGGGGACGGAAUCCCCUUACCAGACGGGACAGCUGCACCCAGCCAUCAGGGUAGCUGACUUACUGCAGCACAUUAAUCUCAUGAAGACAUCAGACAGCUAUGGGUUCAAAGAGGAAUAUGAGAGCUUCUUUGAAGGUCAAUCAGCAUCUUGGGAUGUAGCUAAAAAAGAUCAAAAUAGAGCAAAAAACCGAUAUGGAAACAUUAUAGCAUAUGAUCACUCCAGAGUGAUUUUACAGCCUGUUGAGGAUGAUCCGUCUUCAGAUUACAUUAAUGCCAACUAUAUAGAUGGCUACCAGAGACCAAGCCACUACAUUGCAACUCAAGGCCCAGUUCAUGAAACUGUGUAUGAUUUCUGGAGGAUGGUCUGGCAAGAGCAGUCUGCCUGCAUUGUGAUGGUGACAAAUUUAGUUGAAGUUGGCCGGGUUAAAUGCUAUAAAUAUUGGCCUGAUGAUACUGAAGUUUAUGGUGACUUCAAAGUAACCUGUGUAGAAAUGGAACCACUUGCUGAAUAUGUAGUUAGGACAUUCACUCUGGAAAGAAGAGGAUACAGUGAAAUCCGUGAGGUUAAACAGUUCCAUUUCACCGGCUGGCCUGACCAUGGAGUGCCAUACCAUGCUACAGGGCUUCUCUCCUUUAUCCGGAGAGUCAAGUUAUCCAACCCUCCCAGUGCUGGCCCCAUCGUUGUGCACUGCAGUGCUGGUGCUGGACGAACUGGCUGUUACAUUGUGAUCGACAUCAUGCUGGAUAUGGCUGAAAGAGAGGGCGUGGUUGACAUCUACAACUGUGUCAAAGCCUUACGAUCUCGCCGCAUCAAUAUGGUUCAGACAGAGGAACAGUACAUUUUUAUUCAUGAUGCCAUUUUAGAAGCCUGUUUAUGUGGAGAAACUGCCAUACCUGUCUGUGAAUUUAAAGCUGCAUAUUUUGAUAUGAUUAGAAUAGACUCCCAGACUAACUCUUCACAUCUCAAAGAUGAAUUUCAGACUCUGAAUUCAGUCACCCCUCGACUACAAGCUGAAGACUGCAGUAUAGCAUGCCUGCCAAGGAACCAUGACAAGAACCGUUUCAUGGACAUGCUGCCACCUGACAGAUGUCUGCCUUUUUUAAUUACAAUUGAUGGGGAGAGCAGCAACUACAUCAAUGCUGCUCUUAUGGAUAGCUACAGGCAACCGGCAGCUUUCAUCGUCACACAAUACCCUCUGCCAAAUACUGUGAAAGACUUCUGGAGACUAGUGUAUGAUUAUGGCUGUACCUCCAUUGUGAUGUUAAAUGAAGUCGACUUGUCCCAGGGGUGCCCUCAGUACUGGCCAGAAGAAGGAAUGCUGCGAUAUGGCCCUAUCCAAGUGGAAUGUAUGUCUUGUUCAAUGGAUUGUGAUGUGAUCAACCGGAUUUUUAGGAUAUGUAAUCUAACCAGACCACAGGAAGGUUAUCUGAUGGUACAACAGUUUCAGUAUCUAGGGUGGGCUUCUCAUCGAGAAGUGCCUGGCUCCAAACGGUCAUUUUUGAAACUGAUACUACAGGUGGAAAAAUGGCAGGAAGAAUGCGAGGAAGGGGAAGGCCGGACAAUCAUUCACUGCUUAAAUGGUGGCGGCCGAAGUGGCAUGUUCUGUGCUAUAGGCAUUGUUGUUGAAAUGGUGAAACGACAAAAUGUUGUUGAUGUUUUUCAUGCAGUAAAGACAUUGAGGAACAGCAAGCCAAACAUGGUGGAAGCCCCGGAGCAGUACCGGUUCUGCUAUGACGUUGCUUUGGAGUACCUGGAGUCAUCUUAGUUGAUGGCAUGUUUUACAGGCAUCUCAAUGGAAACCCACUCACCUGUUGAGCCAACAGCAGCUGUACCUUUUACACCUGUGCAGAAAGAUUUUUGAAGUGGGGGGUGGGAGGCUUUUACAUUUGAGAGGUAAAAGUAUUUUUCUUAUGAAGUUGUGUACCUUAAUAAAAAGAACUUGAUUAGUUUCUUUUACUGUAUUAACGCAUCAGCAUUUCGUGCCACAUGAAAUCUAUUUAAUACGAACCCGAUUCAAGUGAGAACUUAUCAGUGUUUGUACAGUGAAUAUGCAGCCUUUUCUCUCCUGGCUUCAGUAGAGCAGUCACCACAUGUU